AUGUUCUCUAAAACCUUUUCUUCGUCAUUGGUAUCUCUUUUCUACCUUCAUUUUACAUUCGCUCAUUUUACUUUAGACUUUCCUACCACAAGAGGAUUUAAUGAAGACAAGGAACCAUCAUUCUGUGGUGGCUUGCCUACCAAUGCUUCGGGUCGUCAACCGUUUCCUCUCUCCGGUUCUGCCCCAGUGCACAUCACUUCACAUCAUGAUAAUGCUCAAGUUGCUAUCAUCCUCAGUGUGAAAGCUGAUCCCACCAAGUUUUCAGAUUUCAAUAGUACUGGCAAGGUGGACUAUUUGAUGCCAUUUUCAAAUACCAAGGGUCAACAAGGGUUUUGUUUUUCGGUUGAUAUUGGAACAUUAGCCACUCAAAUCAGACCUUCUCCAACCAAUGGUACUCUUGCUACUUUACAAGUCAUAUUUAAUGGAGGUGAUCAUCCAUUAUUUCAAUGUUCUGAUUUGAUCUUGGUCAAAAAUGCCAGUAUUGCUAGUAAUCAGACUUGCUCAAACAAUACCAUGGUCACUCCUUCAUCCAAUUCUAUCUCCACUCAAAGUUCUGAUGCUAGCCAAGGUGCUAAAUCAGGUGCUGCUGUUAAUGCUAUCAACUUUACUGUUUUUAUCAGUUUGAUCAUCAUCAGUACCUUUUCUAUUGCUUUGUAG